AUGUUCGCUCUUCUCUCAUUAGCACUCACUGUCUUUGCUGCAGAUCCAGUCCCUGGCUAUACUCCUAGUGCUGAUAAAGCGACAUACACUCCCGCUGCUGAUACUACUGGUGUUGAUGGUGCAAUUGUUAAAAUUAAUGGUAAAUAUACUAUUGACAACCCAAUUUUAGGUGACUUUUUUGUCGACCCCGUUUACGGUCCACUUGUUGUUAAAAUGUCUGCUGUACUUGAUCCAGCUGUGAAAAAUACAUAUUCGACCAUGAUGAUUCAACCAACCAAUUAUAAUGAAGGAUUCUCCCAUGAGGAUUGUGACCUUACCGUUGAAAUUCCAGACACUGAGAAACAAGUUUCAGUCACUUAUGUGAAUGGCGGCAAAGAUGGCUCAAAAUCCUUAACAAGUCCAAUUACCAUCAAAAACGUCAAACGUACAACUGUUCCCACACUUCCAUGUUACAUUGGAUUGCACAAGUAUUCUGUUGGUACUUUCAAUGUGAAGUACAAUCUUGAAUUCAAUGGAAAUGCUGCCACUGAUAACACUGAAGAUGCCUUGAAAAAUUUCCAACGUUUGAUAAUAGGUUAUGACGCAAGUGCCGAUACUCAGACUAUUACUAUUAACUCUAUCAACUUCCAAACUAAAGUUAAUUUCGCUGAUUGGACUUUAUUAAAUGCCGAAAUUCGAACAAGUAUAACAACCCAUGUAACUGUUUUGAUAGCUGAUGCUUUGAAGGCUGAGACUGCUCCUUAUAUGUUGAAGAUCGAAGACACAAAGCUUUUCAUCAAGUCAGGAACUCCAGUCACUCCAACUCCAGAACCAGAACCAGACAAUGCUUUUGGUUACACCAUCUUGGCUUUGAUUGCCUUCUUCUUGGCUUUGUUCUAA